GCGCCAUCUCAGUGCCGGGCCCGAGUGCGCGCGACCACCACUCGCAGUAGCGCCGCGCGCCCGACGUAUGUGCCGACCGUACGCGCACCAGUAAACAUCGCACCACCGCCGCCGGACUCGCGACUACGCGGGACAUGGACCAGUGUUUGUGACAAAUACUAUCACCGAAACAAUAGCGUGUAUCCAUUACCGAACAUGACAUUUGAGAAUGCUAUGUGCUCGCACCAGGAGCGUCUUGAGCUCCGUCGGUGAGCGGUGUAGUGUUGUGCGCGCUGUCGACGAGCAAGAUACCGAGCGCGGGCGGCGGCGGCGGCGUCGGCGGCGGCAUGGUGCUGGAGGGCGGUCUGCCGGCGCCGCUGCAGCUGUACGCGGCGGCGGCGGCGCACCUGGCGCCGCGCCCGACCUGGCCCCCUUUUCUGCCUUUCUUCGGGGUGCCCCCGCCGUUCCUGGCGAGGCCGCGGCUGCCGCACCCGCUGCCCGCCAGGGCGCCGCACGGCCCGCCCAGCGAAGAUUCCAAUGAGGAUGGUAGCAGUAGUAAAGGUGGUGUUGGUGAUGAUGACGGAGACAGUGGCAAGCGGAGGCGGUCACGGACCAACUUCAACUCCUGGCAGCUUGAGGAGCUGGAGAGGGCGUUCCUGGCCUCACACUACCCCGAUGUGUUCAUGAGAGAAGCGCUGGCGAUGAGGCUCGACCUCAAAGAAAGUAGAGUUGCUGUAUGGUUUCAAAACCGUCGCGCUAAAUGGCGUAAGAAGGAACAUACGAAGAAAGGUCCAGGUCGGCCGGCGCAUAACGCUCAUCCCCAAUCCUGCUCCGGUGAGCCGAUACCCCCGCACGAGCUUAGAGCGCGCGAGAGGGCGCGAAGAAGGAAGAAAUUGGCGAAGGCGUUGGACAGACAGGCGAGGAAACUACGCGCGAAAGGUAUAGCGGUUGAUCUCGAAGCUCUUAAGGCCGAGUACCUCGCGCAACACAGGAACAGCGGCCUCUACUCCGACUCCGACGACGGGGAGGGCGAAGAAUGUAUGAUAGACGUUGUCGGAGGCGAUUCCUGUCACGACUCAGGGCCCGAAGACUUCUCAUUAACAGGAAGACUUCGCGCGCCGUCCAGAGCUGACGGUAUCAACAACUCCGACAGUUCAACAUCAGACGCACACUCGGGAAGGAAUUUCAGUCCGUUACCAGACCCUCAGCCGUCCUUCUUCAAGAACUUCAACACCGCUGCUGGCAACUACGAGAAAUUUGACUUUGACUCAGGUCGGGCCGUCUCCUUAGACCUGAGCGGCGGAGGGACGGCCACCGAGCAAGACCUCUCAAAAAACGGGGGAACAAGGAAACAUAAUCCGUUCAGUAUAGAAUCACUACUUAAUACGUGAAAAUGACUUUAAUAUAAUGAAUAGAGGCUCUCUGAUUUCGUGCACCAGUGACAUUUGACAGGCGUUUCGUGAGAUGUUCCUUUGCUUUAAUGUCUAAACAGUUAUCAUUAGUUGUAAUCAGCUUCGUUAAAGACUUGAUACCAUUUAACAUAUCCAGUGUGAAUAUUAGAUGUAGGUACUCUUGUAUUAUAUAGCUGUAGUGUACAUAGACGGUCUUUAUAUUUAUUUUCAUUUAAUAUUAAUGUAAUCCAAUUCGGGGCAAUAAUUAUUAAUGUUUGUUGAUGAUGUGGUAUUUUAUAUUCUUUGCGAUUUUAUAUUUUAUUUUAUGUAGAAAUAUGGAAAUAAUAUAAGAACUGAAUUGCUAGAGAUCUUAUUAAUGUACAUGAGGAUAGAUAUUUUUGUUUUAUUUACCCUAAAUUAACCUCCAAAGUUUAAUUAGAACUGAUAUAAUAAAUAAUAUGUAUUAUAUAUACACCAAGGUUUAUAGUGAUAUAGUCUGUAAAAAAACAUUAAUCCAGUAAAUCCAUUUGUAAACACUUCUCGUAUAAGGAAUAAUUAUAAAAUUUUUGUUACGAAAUUGGGUCGAAAAUAAAACAUAUAGCAUUAUUUCAACAUUAUACAGAUUGUUUUCUUACUAAAGCUUAUCAAUAGAAGGUAAACCUUUGCAAACGCUGUAAAUAUUGUAUCUACCUUCCUCCUGGAGAUUAGUAAAUAUCAUCUCUGGAUUUCAUAUAAAAAAACUCUUGUAUAAUUUGGAAACAGCAUUAUCGAGUUAUAACGAUACGUUUUUCUUUCUAAUGACGAUUUACUUAGACCAAUAAAUACUAAAUGCAUUAAUAACUAUGAAGGCAUACGCACAUAAAAAUAUAUAAAAGAUUAAUUUAUAAAGGAGCGUAUUUAAUUCAGCGCGGCAAAUCCCAUACAUUAUUCACACCGAAAACAAUCCAAUAUCACAAGCGAAACGGAAUAACAAUAAUACUUUCCCUCGACUUAAAAUAAUUAAGUUUAUCACCAUUUUCAUUAAAAAAUGGCGUCAAUACAAUUACCAUUGGCGAAAGGAAUACAAUAUCUCGUAAAAUAACAACGAUUAAUGGAUGUAUAACGCGAGACGGCCGAUAAGGGAGCCAAUUAGCAAUACAAUAUGGCGGGUACUGCUUUAUAGCCAUUUUUACUUACGCACACAAUUUAAUAGGUACAUAACGAAGUGUGCGCGGAUUGGUCACGGGGCAUUGUCUCGGAUCGCUGGCACGUAAAAUUGUAGCGCAGCAUUCGUUACCGCAGCAAAUAUAUUGUUUUAAUUACGUACCUUUGGAUAUCGGGGACUAGGGUUACAUAUUUGAUCAACUACUUUGAUUCAAUCAUAGAUAUAUUUUCUCCAUUGUUUCUUGACUUUGAAAAGGUAUUCAAAUUGUAUCUCGCUUACAUUUUUUUUUUUUUUUGUUUUCGCGGAGAAAGUGUCUUAUUAUCUUAUUAUCUCGUUUACAUCAUGUUUUGGUAGUGCAUAUUUAUUUUUUUAAUAGUAACAGUCAAACUGUAAUGACGACCCAAAUAAAGUAAAACAUCGUAAAAACUGAAUAAAAAAAAUGUUUCUGUCUUUACAUAUUUACUUUUUAUGAAUAAGUAUCCACUUUUAAAUUAAGAACCCAAGUUACUCCUUGUAUGUCGAUUUAUUCGCAUAUACCUAGUAGAUUAACUUGUUAAAUAUAAAAUCCCUCAUGAAAAUGCGCGUAAGUAAAUAAAACAAUAAAUAAAUUAUUAUGUCCUCCAAGUUAUUAUUUUGUUUUGAAUAUAAUAUGCUAGUCUAUAUUUUCUUUAAAAAAUUAUAGGUAAAAAUAUUUUGAAACUGAUUGGACAAUUUUAAGAUCUCUAAUAACUAGCUAAUGUAUAAAUCAAUCAUUCUCUCAAUGUUUCACAUAACCUAUAAUACAAGGACAAUGAAAUAUUUAGUGUUUUGAACUAAACAUUAUUUUUUUAUCUUUUCUGGAAUCGCUCAUUCCAAGAGUAAUACAAAAUUAAAAAUAAUAAUUUGUCGAUAUUUCAUAAAAUCUUUUUUACUGGACAAAUAAUACUUCGGUGUAAUAAAUAUUGUUCGGGUACACUUUAUUUUAUUUAUUCUGAUAUAAAACUCUUUGUAUUACAACGUUACUCUUUGGUACAUUAAUUUAAUUUCUCUACGACUGUUAAACUUCGGAAUAAAUAGCAUAGUUAUAAACUAAAUGGUUGAUAAUUGUACAUUAUAGUGUUAUUGCGUAAAUAUUUUAGGUACAAAACGUAUAUUUAUUUAAGUUAAUUUAUAUCAACAUAACUUGAAGUGAUAAACACAAGUUUGUAUAUUGGUCAUCACUUGUAUGUAAGUUGUAAAAAAUACGUUACGUGAGUAAUUUAUUGAAUCAAAAUAUAAUAUUAUUAAACACAU